UAUUCAAACCUCAAUGAUGGACUAAACUGCUAUAGUCUUUGUUGGACCACCACCCCACUACUACUUUCACUCAAAUUUUGAUCAAAUCUCUUGAUUAAAAAGGCUUGUUGAAUCUUUGAAGAGUGAGACAAAAUCACAUAGCCCUUCAAUCCAAUUUCCGCCCAAUUUCCAUGGAGGACUACAACAAAUCAAGGUCUCAUGGAAACAACCAAAUUGUGCAGAUGGAGAGUGGAGGAGCUAGGCCUUAUGAUCUCAGGUUAUACAGUGUUAAUUCCUAUGCAGCAGAAACUCAAAAGGGUCCUAAGGACUUGAAGUUGAAGAAAGGGAAAAGCAAUUCAAGGUCUUCUAUUUCCAAGUCAUGGAGCUUUUCUGAUCCUGAGUUUCAAAGGAAGAAGAGGGUUGCUAGCUAUAAAAUGUAUUCUGUUGAAGGGAAUAUGAGAGGUUCAUGGCAGAAGAGCUUCAGGUGGAUUAAGAAUAGGUACUGGAAGGUAGUUUAUGGCUGGUGGUGAUUUUUAUUCUGUUCUGUAUUUCCUGUUCACAAAUUUGGGCUUUCUGUUCUUGAAAAGAUCAAUUCUAAUUGUAUGUUAAUGGAUUAUGAUCAGUUUUUGCCACGGUAGUUUGUUUAUAAAUAAUUGAUAUUACUUUAUUGGAUUGUGAAGGAUCUAUACUUUGUUAUUCUUGGAUAAAGUAUGUUUAUUUGUAAAUUCUUCUACAAUUUAUUAUGAAGCUAGAAUCAAUUCUGUGAAGAAA